AUGGCGACAGACCUCGAAACGGGGCCACCACCCCCCGUCGCCGGACCAGAAAGAGACAUUGACACAGAUUCCUCCUCACCAACCUCAAAAUCACCACCAGUAAAGCCAACAAGAGAAAAGACGGAUGGCGCCUCGACGACAGACACAGACUCGGACUCGGACGAAGACGUCGCCCCCCAACCGCUAGAAACAGGAGGCGUCAUAUCACGAACCAUCAGCCGCCUGACCCGUCAAAGCACAAACUACGACCCCGGCCCUCCCCCCGACGGCGGCGUCAAAGCUUGGACUGCCGUGUUCUGUGCCCACCUCGUCAUCACCAACACCUGGGGCAUCAUCAACUCCUUUGGCGUCUUCCAACCCUAUUACACCACCACCCUCUCCCGCCCUCCAUCCGACAUAUCCUGGGUUGGGUCAGUGCAAAUCUUCCUGCUCUUCUUCAUCGGCGCCAUCACCGGCCGCCUCACAGACGCGGGUUUCUUCCGGCACAUCUUCGCCCUGGGAACGGUGCUGCUCCUGCUGGGGACGUUUACCGUUUCCGCUGCGAGCACGUACACCCAGGUCUUUCUCAGCCAGGGGAUAUGCAUGGGCCUGGGGAUGGGGUGUCUGUUCUGCCCGAGCAUCUCGACAGUGAGCACGUACUUUGACAAGAGGCGGGCGAUUGCGCUGGCGGUUGCGGCCUGUGGCAGUGCGACGGGUGGGUUGAUCUUCCCCAGCAUGGUGCGCGAGCUGCUGCCCAAGGUUGGGUUUGGGUGGACGAUGAGGAGCAUUGGGUUCAUCCAGCUUUUGACCUUGGGGGUGGGCUGUGUGUUUUUGAAGCCGAGGAUCAAGCCGAGGAAGUCGGGGCCGUUGAUUGAUUUGGCGGCUUGGAAGGAGGGGGAGUAUGUCAUGUAUGCGUUAGGGGCUUUUACUUGCUUUAUUGGGUUGUACUUUCCGUUCUAUUACGUGGCGUCGUUUAGCAGGGACAUCAUUGGGCUGGACUUCACCGAGAGCUUGAAUCUGUUGCUGGUGAUGAACGGCGUGGGAGUGAUCGGGAGACUAGGCCCGAACGCCGUUGCCGACCGAGUUGGACCUCUCAAGGUCUUUGUUCCUGUGGCGGGACUCUGCGGCGUGUGUGUCAUCUGCUGGAUGGCUGUGAAAGAUGUGGCGGGCCUCUAUGUGUGGUCUUGCUUCUACGGGAUGGUCGCCGGUGGUAUUCAGAGUCUGUUCCCGGCCGGACUGAGCAGUCUCAACACCGACGUGCGGAAAGCCGGUGUGAGGAUCGGGAUGGUGUUUACGACGGUCAGUUUUGCAACCCUGGCAGGCCCGCCAAUUGCCGGUGCCAUCAUCACAGCUUGUGAUGGGGACUACUGGGGUGCGCAGGUUUUUGCCGGGACAACGUUGCUCAUUGGAAUGGUGCUUGUCGCGGCCUCCUUUGUCAUCAAGAGCAGGAAGAUGAUGGCUGAAACUGGGGCAACAUCCAUGUGGAGCGUCAAGGCGUGA